UCAACGGCUGAUAAAAUUAACACAAGAGCUUGCGGCUGCAGAUUAAGGGAGGAAGGUUUGGUAAUAAGGACCUUCUGAUAAAGUUGUGGUAGGUUUCACUUCUCCAACCGUAUAACCUAUUUCCUUGCAUAAAGAGUCCCUCAAGAAUAUGUCAGCGACUGCUCUCUCAAGAUUAAACCCUAUUUCUCAAUUUGGGUUUCAAGCAGCUGCAAAAAGCAGCAACAAGAGCUUCUUCUUCUCCCUUUCCGCUGCUCAAAGGAGAUUGUUUUCUGAUUCCGGAAGGAGACUACGAGGAGGAGCCAUGGCUACUUCUGGUUCUUUGCCAGUGUUUCGGGACGCCGCCUGCUUGGACGAUUUGUUCACAUCUUGUGCUAAUAACGGUUUAGACUUCGCUAAGAAGCCUUCAACUCCCGGUGGUGGCGUUGCCCUCUUCACUGCUGCUAGCAUGAGACUCGGGAGGAAGAGGAGAGAGCAGUUCAAGAACAGAUUGGUCUGUCGCUAUUCCAGCAUUGAUCCCCUCGACAAGACUCCUUCCCUCUUUGGGGGUUUGUCCAAGACCAUUCAUACCUCUACUGUCUGUUUCUCGGCUCAUGAGCUCUCUACUUCUCAAGACUCUGAGCUUUCACCAACUACUACCACAUCUCUUAAGUGUUUGAAGCUGGUGUCUGGUUCCUAUUAUCUCCCACAUCCUGAGAAAGAAGCUACAGGCGGAGAAGACGCUCACUUUAUCUGCGAGGAGGAACAAGCUAUCGGUGUUGCUGAUGGUGUUGGCGGUUGGGCUGAAGUCGGUGUCAACGCUGGCUUGUUCUCUCGCGAACUCAUGUCUUACUCUGUAUCAGCCAUUCGAGAACUGGCUAAGGGUUCUUUUAUUGACCCGUUGUUGGUUUUAGAGAAAGCGCAUUCUCAAACCAAAGCUCAAGGCUCCUCCACUGCUUGUAUCAUCGCUUUGACAGACAAGGGACUACACGCUAUUAAUCUCGGAGACAGUGGAUUCACGGUGGUUAGAGAAGGGACCACGGUGUUUCAGUCACCUGUUCAGCAGCACGGGUUCAACUUUACUUAUCAAUUAGGGACUGGAGACAGUGGUGGCGAUAUGCCUCGCUCCGGUCAGGUUUUCGUGAUAGAUGUGGAGGCUGGAGACGUGAUUGUGGCGGGAACGGACGGUGUGUAUGACAAUCUAUACAACGAAGACAUCACAGGAGUGGUGGUUAGCUCGGUCAGAGCUGGACUUGACCCGAAAGCCACGGCUCAGAAGAUUGGGGAUUUGGCACGUGCGAGAGCGUUGGACAAGAAACGUCAGAGUCCUUUCGCGGACGCGGCUCAGGAGGCUGGAUACAGGUUUUACGGAGGAAAGCUUGAUGACAUCACCGCCGUCGUCUCUUACGUUACACCAGCUUAAAGACCAAUCCCGCCCUAAGAUCAGUGGUCCUUUUGUUUCAAUUUUUUUGUAACGGUAAUAACUUUUUUUAAGGAAUCCUAAUAAAUUUUUAUCUAUCAAUUGAUCAGCUUUUAUCACA